AUGACUUCUCCCGCUGCUGCUGCCCAAUCACUCACGCCAGCCGCUGUGCAAGCGGCCUAUGGCCUCAUUCAACCUUAUGUGCACCGCACACCACUACUGACAUGCAAAACCCUUGAUACUAUCGCCUCAACGCCGCAAACCCCGGAGGCGCUCGUCGGAACGCCAUUUGAAGGCCAGACCCCCGCAAACCCGCGCAUCAGAUUCUUCUUCAAGUGCGAGAACUACCAGCGUAUCGGCGCCUUCAAGGCACGGGGUGCAUUCCAUGCUCUCCUGCGACUGUUGGAAGAACGCGGGGAAGAAGUGAAACAGCGUGGGGUCAUUACCCAUAGCUCCGGAAACCAUGCACAAGCCCUUGCUCUCGCUGCCGCGACUCUGGGCGUCCCCGCCUACAUCGUGAUGCCUCGUAUCAGCACCCCAUCCAAAAUCGCGGGUACUCAGUCUCAUGGUGCCCAGGUCGUCUUUAGUGGGUCGACCAGUGUAGAGCGCGAAGCAGUGGUAGCAGAAAUACAAGCAAAGACAAACGCUAUUCUGGUGCCGCCAUAUGAUGAUUUCAAUAUCAUCUGCGGUCAGGGAACCACAGCUCUGGAGCUGGAGGCCCAGCAUGCUGAAGCCAGAUCCCAAGCGCUAGAUGCUGUCAUUACUCCAAUUGGUGGAGGUGGACUCAAUUCUGGUGUAGCGACGUGGUUUUCUGAUAAGAAGACUCGUGUCUUUGGCGCAGAGCCUAGUUUCGAGGGCGCGGAUGACUGUCGACGCGGGCUGCAGGCUAAGAAGCGUGUGGAGGCGGUUGGCACUCUGACCAUUGCUGAUGGGCUUCGUACUCCAGUAGGAUUGAUCAAUUGGGAGGUGAUUUCCAAUGAGAAGCGAGUCGAAGGCGUGUUUGCUGUUACCGAGGAACAGAUCAAGUCGGCCAUGCGGUUGGUACUGGAGCGCAUGAAGGUUGUUGUUGAGCCCAGUGCUGUUGUUGGCUUGGCUGUUUGUUUGUUUGAUGAAGAUUUCAGACGCCGCGUCGAACAAGAGGGCGGCGAAGAUGGUUGGGACAUUGGGGUUGUGUUCAGCGGUGGUAACACAACCGUCGAGGCCAUCGCCAAGCUGUUUAAAUAG